AUGGCAGACAGCCAUGAGAUGACCAUCAACCUUGUUGUUCUUGGAAAAACUCAGACUGGCAAAAGUGCUGCUGGGAACAGCCUGUUGGGCAGCUCAGACUUUGAGAGCCGUCUCUCCCCCAGCUCUGUGACUACGUGUUGCAGCCUCGGACGCAGCGGUCGAAUUUUGGGGCUCAUACGGAGAAAUGGCUGUGAGUCAGCUCUCCGUGUUCGAGUACUGGACACUCCAAGCUACCCUCACAGUGCUCUGAGCAAAGAGCAAGUGAGAGACAUGGUGAGAGCAGCCCUGGUUCAGCACUUCGGGGAGGAAGGCCUGCACUUGGCUCUCUUGGUCCUGAGGUCUGACCUGCCUCUGUGUCCAGAUGAAAGCAAUGACACAGUUCAGCUCAUCCAGGAACUUCUGGGGCCCACAUGGAAGGAUUUCACUGCAGUUCUACUUACUCAUGCAGACAAGGCAGAAGAGGCUGGAUACAAUGAGGAAACAUACUUGCACAGUGCCACAAGUACCCUCUUGUCACUUUUGAGCUCAGUACAGCAUAAAUACAUUUUCUUAGACAACCACAACAGGAUAAUUAAAGAGGAAAGAAAUAUUAUCUUAAGAAAGCUCUUGAAUUUUAUACGAAAAAAUAAUUAUCAAGUACUACUUAAACACAGGAAGGAAUAAAAUUAGCUUUAAGGUGCUUACUUGUCUAUAUUUUUACGGUAGGUAACAUCUAACAGAAGUGAAAGCCAUCAACUGGAGAACUCCACAACCAUACCAAACUAGAAGAAUAAAAACAAUUGUCAUCUUCACUAACCAACUGCUAGUCCUGCAAUUAGCACGCAAGGAACACAGCACAAUAUUUUCCUUUAUUUCCUUCAGCUCUUGAUUAAUAGAAGCUCUACACCUUCAAGCUGUCCAGAAAAUUUACUUGCCUGCCUGUGGUCCCACCACAAACAAGCCUUGGCAAUUGUUAUGAGCACUGAGUCAUUAAAAACUUCUGAAAACACACA